AUGGAUAUUAGCAAGAUUACAAGUAAAGAACAGGCUGUUGGAUUUUUAAAUCAGUUUGAUAACUUUCUAUUUGACUGUGAUGGAGUUAUUUGGAGUGGGAAUACACUUUUGCCAAAAACAAUUGAGAUUCUAACAUAUUUAAAGAUGGAGUUACACAAGAAUCUAAUAUUUGUUUCAAAUAACUCGACCAAGUCUAGAGAGGAGUAUUUGAAGAAAUUUCGUAAAUUAGGGAUCAAUUUUAUAAAUAAAAACGAGAUUUUCAAUUCGAGUUUCGCAAGUGCAAUUUAUAUUGAGAAGAUUCUCAAUGUCAAUAAAGAAACUGACAAGGUUUUUGUGAUUGGAAUGAGAGGAAUUGAAGGCGAGUUGAGGGAAGCAGGAAUCAAGUAUAUUGGAGGAGAAGAUAUUAGAUUGGAUGAUAAAUUCAGUGUUGAAGAGAGCGAGUAUUUCCAAAACCUUGAUCCAAGUGUUAAAGUUGUAUUGGCAGGAUUAGAUUUGAAUAUCAAUUACCACAGACUAGCUAUUGGGUUACAGUAUUUAUUGAGGCCAGAGGUCUUUUUCGUUUCAACCAACAUUGAUUCGACAUUUCCAAAUGGAAAAUUCAAAUUGCCUGGAGCAGGCACAAUGAUAAAGGCCCUAGAGACCUGUUCAAAUAGAAAGUCGAUUAGUUGUGGGAAACCCAACUUGAAUAUGAUGAAGAGCAUUAUCAAAGAACACAAUAUCGAUAUUAGCAGAAGUGUUAUGGUUGGAGACAGGUUAAAUACUGAUAUCAAAUUUGGGAAAUUGGGAGGAUUAAGUACAUUAUUGGUUUUGUCAGGUAUUUGCAGUGAAGAGGAUGUCUUUAGUAAGGAUAACGAUGUUGUGCCAAAUUAUUAUAUCAAUAAGUUGGGAGAUUUGUACGAAUUGAUCCAUGAAUAG